AUGUGUGGACAACAUGGGGACAUCUUCUACCGCCAGACCACCGACCUGGUGCUGUUGGAGGACAUCAGCCAGGACAUCAGCCAGUACUUCCCCAAAAGCCCCUUCCCCAUGGUGGCCACUUGGGACCCCAUGGCCUACUAUGGCUCCACCUCUGAAAAGGGCAACACCUUCCAGGCUGUGCUGACCACUGACUCCAAGAUGUUUUAUACCAUCCUCAGCUACUGGGACAUCCAGUGGACCACAGGGGCAGCAAGUAAUGGGGAUGCUGAAACGGGACUUGGGGGGACCCCAGCACAUGCAGGAUUCAAUAGUGGUGAUGACACCAACUUCUACAACAUUCCCGGAUCCCAAACCAAUGCCAUCAUCAACAUCACCACGUCCUCCAAUGUCAAGGUCCCGGGACGCUGGGUCUUUCAGGUGGAUGACUUCCAGGUGACAGGUGAAUUGAGGGGAGUUCUGCAGAGGGAAAUCACCACUGCCAUUCUUAUCACCAGUGAAGUCACUGUACAGGUCAAGAUCAUGCCAACCUCUAUCAGAGCAAUAAAAUUGCAGCUAAGACACUGUAGUGUCCAUGUCCUUGUCAUUGUCAUGGCACCCAUGAAUCACAGGAUCUCAUUGAGGCUGGAGGAGAACUCCAAGAUUCUCAAAUCCAACCUUUAA